GUGGUCCCUCAGACAUUUUGGCUCAGGCACUGGCACAGAGCCAUCAUGGCCUGUAAACAACAACAGCCCUCAGUGAAGCAGACUGGCUGUGAGCGCUAGCCGUCUGAGGCUCGGUCUAAACGGAAACAACCGAGAUUAAAAUGUGUCGAAUGAUUUGUUGUUGAGAACCUUCAGACGGGCCCUUGCUCUCCUCUGGUAGUGUCCUCACCAUGUCCUCACAGCAGAACAGCUCAGGGUCCAACAGCCCCACCAACCUCCUGGGUUCUCCUUUCUCAGUCAUAAGUCCCGCUCUGAAUUCACCCCUGGUAUCACCCUCUUUAGGAUUCGGACCUAUUAGCAACUAUCAGCUGGGUUCUUCAGCUUCUGCAUCAGGGAUGCACUCCAUCAGCAGCUCGGAGGAUGUGAAGCCUCCUUUUGGCCUGCGUCCUGGACCACCUCACAGUCCUGGGAUCAUGAUGUCCCAGAAACGCCUUUGUGUUAUCUGUGGAGACCGCUCCUCUGGCAAGCACUAUGGUGUAUACAGCUGUGAAGGCUGUAAAGGAUUUUUCAAGCGGACUGUGCGCAAAGAUCUGAGUUACACUUGCAGGGAUAACAAAGAGUGCCUGGUAGAUAAACGCCAGCGGAACCGAUGCCAGUACUGCCGCUACCAGAAGUGCCUUGCCAUGGGCAUGAAGAGGGAAGCUGUGACCGCAGCGGUCCAGGAGGAGCGCCAGAGGAACCGUGAACGUGAGGGAGAGUUUGAGUUCAGUAUGUCUGUGAAUGAGGAAAUGCCCGUGGAGAAAAUCCUGGAGGCAGAGACAGCAGUGGAGCACAAGACAGAGCUUCACUCUGAUGCAGGCUCCUCUCCCCAUGAUGCUGUGACCAACAUCUGCCAGACAGCAGACAAACAGCUGUAUGCCCUGGUGGAGUGGGCAAAAAGAAUCCCCCAUUUCUCUGAGCUGCCCCUUGAUGACCAGGUCAUUCUCCUUCGUGCAGGGUGGAAUGAGCUCCUGAUCGCCUCAUUUUCCCACCGGUCCAUUGCUCUUAAAGAUGGAGUUGUUCUGACCUCUGAGCUGCAGCGUGACAGUGCACAGAGUGGUGGAGUUGGAGCCAUUUUUGACAGGGAGAGUGUGCAGAGUGCUGAAGUUGGUGCCAUAUUUGACAGGGUUCUCACUGAGCUUGUCAAUAAAAUGAGAGAUAUGCAAAUGGAUAAGACGGAGCUAGGCUGCCUCAGAGCAAUUGUUCUUUUCAACCCAGAUGCUAAAGGACUUACCAACACCAGCGAGGUGGAGCUCCUUAGGGAAAAGGUCUAUGCAUCAUUGGAGGCCUAUUGCAAACAGAAGUAUCCAGAGCAGCAGGGAAGGUUUGCUAAGCUACUUCUUCGACUGCCUGCACUGCGCUCCAUUGGCUUGAAGUGCUUGGAGCAUCUUUUCUUCUUCAAGCUGAUUGGCGACACACCUAUCGACACUUUCCUAAUGGAAAUGCUUGAAGCUCCCCAUCAGUUGUCUUAGGUUGAAACAGAGGCUUACUGUGGUUAGGUUUAGAUGGCUGAAGUCUGGGAGGCUGGAGUGGGACUGGAGUGGCACUUUAAGUUCUUUGAACAUUUGUCAGUGUGUCUCACUGCUGUCUGGGUUACACUUUUGUAGUGCAUCACAGAUUUGCUCUUCAGAUCAAACCCAAGGCUUGGCAUAAUCUACAAUCUGGUGCUAUAACCUUACGCGCAACUAUGCUUACAAAAGUAUUUUUUAAAAACAACGUAACAAAUUUCCUUCAAAUGAGCAGAAAUUUGGAAUUACUUUUUUAUAAACAUUUUUAGAUGCGUCAAAAUUGAGUUUCGGUUAUUGUGACGGAACUACAAAACCUAUUUUUAAAGCUCAACUUAACCAGAUAAGUAAAUAUGCAUGAAAAAGCAGUCUCUACUUUGUAAUGUAAAACUAGAUUUUAACCAAACAUAAGCUGUGAUCUGUAGGAAUGUGCAGCUCAGUUUACAGCAGAUGAAAGAACCAUGCUAACAGUGACAAGUCAAUCACUCAUUUUGUCAAAUGCAGCUUGUCUUGAUCUUGGAUCAUCAGCUUUAUAUGUCUGGUAAAACUAUACAGUUAGAUGUUUACUUCGCCGUUUCUCAAUCUAAUCACUUUAUGGCUAAUUAGACUGCACUGCACACCUGCUACUUUCUAUUUUUAAAACUUUCUUUAAAAACACUUGCUCACUAAAUGAUGUGAGAGUGUUUGCCUUUUGGUGCUAUUUCAGGAUAUAAUUUGACAUCCAGAUGCAUAGAGCAAAAUGCACUAUGAACCAAAACUAUAUAAGAAAAUAUGCAAAAAAAAAAAGAAUCCCUUUGUUAAUCUUUGUUGAAAUGUAGCAAUAUAAAAUGUAAAAAGCUUUCUGCCUGUGAGUCUUUUCAGGGGUUUUCCAAAUCCAAUCAUGUCUGGUGGAAAGGGAAUUUCAGUUUUAUAAUGAUCUCUACACCUCUAAGGUACUGUGCAAACAUAAUUGUUCAGGGACAUUGUAGAUGGGAAACUGAUGAAAAAAUGAUUAGGAGAUAAAAUAUAUUUGAAACCCUUGCCCUUGGUUUUAGUUAGUGUAAAGCAGAACAUGUCUUGGAUUGCACUGGAUUUGCUGAGACAGUUUCAGCUGAUUUUCUUUUGUGUGCUUUUUUAAUGCUCAGUUGUAUUUCCUACUUUUGGGCCCUUUAUAGGUAGCUGUCUUGUUCAUUAUGUCUCUGCGAUUUAUUCAAGCAAAUCAUAAUCACCCUUAGAUCCAUAACACCUGUGGAUAAAUAGGAAUUUCAAACACAAGGUUUUUGUGACAGCCGCACAUCAACACGAGCUGAACUGAGAAACCUGUCAUCAGCCGCCAUUUGCUCAAGUGACUUGAAGCAUGGGUUGUAUGGACUAAAAAUAAAGAGGCUUAACUUUUA